UCGAUAUGGCAACGUUUUCAUUAUAAUAAUUGUGAUUGUUAAAAUAUUAAAAGUUAAAUUUGAUAAACAAAUAGUAAAGUAGUUUUACUUUAAAAUGGAAAAGGCGGAUUGUACGCAGCCUACUACGGGCAAUGCCAGACGUAAAAUUCUGAGCGUGGCAGUUUCACAAAUUCUAAUGGAAAAAGGAUUUGACAGUGUAGACAAAGAGUGCUUGGAAACACUGACUGAAAUGUUACAAAGUUUAUUGGUAGAGGUAGGUCAAUCAGCUAGAAGCUAUUGUGAGCUGUCGGGUCGCACUAUACCUGUUGUGGGCGAUGUAGUUGUUGCGCUGGUAAAUAUGGGAGUAUCGCUGCAGGGUAUUGAGAACUUUGCCAAACGAGAGGGAAGGCAAAUAAUAUCAAUGCCUCCGCAGCAGCAACAACAGAAACAAUUGAAUCUUUUACAAGCAGGAACUAAAUCUCACCAUCCCCCACAUAUUCUGCCCUAUUUGCCACUUUUUCCUGACCCACAUGCUUAUGUCAGGACACCGACGCACAAACAACCAGUUACCGAAUAUGAAGCUAUACGAGAAAAGGCAGCAACACAAAAACGUGAUAUAGAAAAAGCGCUGACAAAAUUUUUGGCCAAAACAUCAGAGACUCAUAGCCUUUUCGAUACAGAGGAUAAUAUGUUUCCAUUAAUUGCAUGCAAACCUGCAUUCCCAACUUAUUUGGCUGCUUUGAAUCCAACCGAUCAAGUAUUUGACUUUGAAGAGUUGGAAUAUCAUUAUUUAGUAGCAAACAGAACAGAAGAUUGCAAGGACGAGGACGAUAAUGAAAGUGGUAAUGAGGAAGAAGGCGCUAGCAAUGAUAAUGGUGGAGGUAGUGGCAGCGCUGGAGGGGACGAACCCGAAAAGAAAUCAGAAAAGACUGAAAAAGAAACGAAACCCGAAAAUGAUAUCAAACCUAAUUCCACCACAAAUAAAGCCAUUCUGGAAAAUCCCAACAUUGAUUCCAUUUCGAAUCCUUAUUUACGAGCGGCUACUUUGCCGAAACGAGCCAAACCAGAUCCUUUAGACCCUCCAUAUUCGGUUUGUAUAUAUUAUGUAUUCCACAUUAUAUCUGACAUAGGAGGCCAGUCAUAACGUGGUCUGCCAUCGUAUGAUGCUGAAAACCUGGCGCCGUUCACUAAUGCUGACAUUUUUGGGAUCUUCAGCCAUAUUAUAAUUCUCUAACAAGGGGGUUGUCCUGUGGCACUGAACUACAAAAAAACGUUUAUCAUUGAUUUAAAUUUUAAUUCAGACAGCACUGAUUGAUAUGAGAAAAGUAUUUCUGCUGUUCCAUAAGGGAAUGUUUGGUCAGAUUUGCAUAGGUUGAGGAGUAU